CUGCAAGGGGGGUCCCCCCACUCUUGCACCCCACUGGCCUUAUGCUGCCCUGUGAAAAGGCAUCAGGGAGGUUUCCCCGUUGCCACUUGGGGCCAGGAUGCUGCCGGCACCAAACCACGGGCACACAAUGGGACUGUGUUCUGGCCUCCCGCAUCUUCUCCCUCCCCCAGGGUCCGUCUCCAAGGGUGGAGGGAGCUCUUCUCAAGGGAAACACAGGACAAGCAGCGACUGUCCCCGGCACCAAAGGACACAGUGAUCCUGGCUUGGCCAUGGCACGCAUGGCACAGCAAACAAUCCUCCCAGGGAGAGGCACCAGGGAAUGCACUGGGUCCCUGGGCCCUUGCCCUGCACCUGCUCCCCACUGCUCCCAGCCCCUCUUCAAGGAGGGGCAUCAACAUUGAUGCCAGCAGGCUGAAUUGGAAGCCCUCGAGCUUCUCCUAGGUCAGAAUGGUCAGAGCUUUGGCUCAUUUUGAUGAGUAAAAGGUGGCCAUGGCUUUAGAGGAAGGCUAAACCACAGCAGCACUGGCAGCUCCUCCCCUGCAGCUCCCCACAGUUAGCUGGUGGCUCCAUGGCUCUUUGGAGAGCCCGUGAUCUCCCUCCAUCACACUUCCCAUGCCCACGGCUGCAGAAGCAGAUCCUGAUCCCUCCCAGCAGCAGCCCAGGCUCCUUGGCUGGAGGAUGCUGAUUCCCAGCUCCACAGUACCACAAACAAGUUGAGUGUUUCUCACAUUUCUCCCAAGUGAAGGCAACAGUUACAGCCCUUGGCUCUCACAAAACCACAGCCCAAAGCAGGAUACUUGCAGGGGCCUGCAAAAGUGACUCAUCCCCUUUCCCCAUCCCACUGGCAUCAGGGCAUGACCCCAGCUCGACGCUGCUUAUCUGAGAUCAUAGUUUGGCCCAAUGCUGUGGAAAUGAGUUACUCAAGUCACUUCCCAAACACACACUGUGUUUUACUUCUUGGCUCCUUCUUUCUUACUCUCCUUUUUUGGGAUCUGCACUGGCUCUUGGUGUAUCACAAACCCCUCUGCAAAAGCAGAAGCCGUCAAAGAAAAUUGAAGGAAACCCUUGUGCUUGGCUCCCCCAGUUCCUGGUGCAGGUUCCAUCAGCAGCCUCUGAUUCAGCUCCUUGCCCUUGUUUUUCAAAGGGUAGAUUCUCCUCCUCCCCUCACAGGGAACCUCCUCCCCAAAGCCCUCCAUGAACCAUCAUUUUUCCCUCUGAACAGGGAGUUUGACCCUGGCUUUGCUGAGCUUUGUCAAGCCCAGCACCUCUGCAGCAGGUCAGUCCAACCUCCUCUCCCUGACCUAGUCCCCAAAACUGUAACGUUUCUCGAAUGCUGAACAUCCAGACCCCAGCACAGCUCCUGCCGCCCCCCAGGUCCUCCUCCGACCCCCUUGGACCCGGCAGGGAGGGACACUGAUACCGCUGAUACCACACACCCCACGUAUUCCCGGCACAGCGGCCUGAGCCACCCGGUGCGGCAAAGCCGGGUGUGGAGGCGUGCCAGGGAAGCCAGCCCAGAGUUUCCGUGUUGGCAGUGCCGUCCCACUCCCGGCAGCCUCUUCCAACCGUGGGAAGCGCGGGAGGCGAGGGCAGGACCUGGCAGCGGCUUUGGCAGGCGGAGUUUGCAGCCCCAGCGUGGCUCUCCUCGUGUCCCCCCAUUUGCAGGGCUUUCCCCUGCCCUGGCUGCCCCCUGGACAUGCCUGAGCACAAAGCUGCCUCAAGGCUCCGGCUCUCCGGGCUGUGCUUCCUCCUCCAAAUCCUCAACAUCCUCCUCUUCGCCGCCUUUGUCCGGUACAGCCCAGAGAGCAGCUCCAGCCUCUGUUCCCCGCAGCUGAACUGCAGCCGGAGAAACCAGGACUCGGGUUUCCAGCACCCCCGUUUCCGGGAUGUCCACCUCCAAGUGCUCCUUGGCUUCGGGCUCCUGGUGGCCUUCCUUGGCCGCUAUGGGCCGGGCAGCGUGGCCAUCAGCAUCCUCAUCGUGUCCUUUGCCAUCCAGUGGGCCAUACUGAUCCAGGGGUUUUUGUACUUCUUCCUCAAUGGCAAAAUUUACGUGGGAGCUCGGAGCAUGGUCAGUGCCGACUUCUGCACCGCGGCCGUUCUGAUCUCCACCGGAGCUGUUCUGGGCAGGGUAAACCCUGUGCAGAUGCUGCUGCUGGCUCUGCUGGAAGUCACCCUCUGCACCCUCAAUGAAUACAUCCUGCUCAGCCUCAUGGGGGUAAGCGACAGCGGGCGCUCCUUGACCGUUCACACCUUCGGGGCUUACUUUGGCUUGAUGGUUUCACGGAUCUUGCACCAGCCCCAUAUGGACAAGAGGAAGAGGGAGGACCAGCAGAACACGGGGCACCAGGCGGAUGUUUUUGCUGUGGUUGGAACCAUCUACCUGUGGAUCUUCUGGCCCAGCUUUACCUCAGCCACCUCUGUUCAUGACAAUGCUGAGCCCUGGGCAGUGCUCAACACCUACUUCUCACUGGUGGCAAGUACCAUUGCCGCCUUCAUCCUGUCUCCUGUCCUCUACAAGGAGAGCACCCCACGGAUGGUUCAGAUCCAGGAUGCCACCUUGGCUGGCGCUGCCGUGAUGGGUAUGGCUGGGGAGAUGUUGGUCACCCCCUUUGGGGCCCUCAUCACAGGGUUUCUGGCCGGCCUGAUCUGCCCACUUGGCUUCAGAUUCUUCACGCCUGUCCUGCAAUCCAGGCUGAAGAUCCAGGACACGUGUGGAGUUCACAAUGUCCACGGGCUGCCGGGGAUACUGGGUGCCCUGCUGGGGACGCUGCUGACACUGCUGGCCACCGCAGACACUUACGGUGACAGGCUGGAGCUCGUGUUCCCACUGGUGGCCCAGGGCAGCCGGACGGCCACUGACCAGGCGCUCUUGCAGCUCUUUGCCCUGCCCCUCACCCUGCUGCUCGCCACGCUCGGGGGCUGCCUCACGGGAGCCGUCCUGAAAAUCAAGGCGCUGAGGUCUCCCCCGGACAAGGGAAACCUGGAGAACACCGUCGUCUGGGAGGAGCAGGUGGACAAGGAAGGAUGUGACCCCAGGACAAGUGGGAAGGAGCCAGGCAUCAGCACCUUGGUGUAAUGAUCCCAAAUUCCCGGUGAGGUCCUGCACCACCAGGAUGAACCCUCUGCCGUGUCCAGUGCCAGGUGACUUUUGGCAGCCCGAAGUUCCCAGCAGCCUGUUCUGGAGACAGCCAUCAUAUCCCCAUGUGGGAGCCAGUUCCUGGUCCCAAAUGUUUUGGGAAAAGCCGGAUGCCCACAGGCCUUUGCAGGGUGAAGAGAUGCUGCAGUGAUCCAGGUGUUUUUGUAGGAGCAAUUCAGCUUUCUCCAGGGAUACCUCAGGGUGUCCAGGCUUGGCUCAACCACUUUCCCUCUCUGCUCUGUGCCUCAGUUUCCCCAUCUGCUGCUCUCUGAAGGGAUGAAGGCAAUUGGGGGGUGCUGGAGAAGGGGCACAGGAGGCUGCACAGAAAGCAACAAAGACUUUCUAUAGACACUUUUGCACACAACAAUUAAAAACCUCAGAUCUUUUGUA